AUGCUGCGCCGUCAAGCACGCGAGCGUCGCGAUUACCUUUAUCGCAGAGCUCUGCUCCUCCGAGAUGCCUCUAUCGCCGAAAAACGAGCCCAGCUCAAGGCUUCCUUGGCCUCUGGAAAACCUUUAGAUCCCUCAAUUGCAAACGACAAGUCUCUCCGUGAAGACUUCAAGUACGAUGAAUCAAAAGAGAACGAAAUCGACAUCGACGAUGAAUAUGCUUUAACAUCCGGAGUUAUCGACCCUCGCCCUCUGGUCACCACCUCUCGCUCGCCUUCCGCUCGUUUGGGCGCCUUUGCGAAAGAAAUCCGUCUCCUCCUCCCAACCGCCAUUCGUCUCAACCGUGGUAACCUUGUCCUGCCCGACCUUGUCUCCAGUGCAACCUCUGCUUCUCUUACCGAUAUGAUCCUCCUGCAUGAGCACCGUGGUACCCCAACCGCCAUGACCAUUUCUCAUCUUCCCCACGGUCCUACUGCCAGCUUCUCCCUGCACAAUGUUGUUCUUCGUGCGGAUAUUCCAAAUGCUGCCCGGGGCACGGUAUCAGAGAGUUACCCUCAUCUGGUCUUCGAGGGUUUCAAGUCCAAGCUGGGUCUCCGGGUUGUUCAAAUCCUCAAGCAUAUGUUCCCACCCCGCGAGUCUGGCAAGGUUGGUAACCGUAUCGUUACCUUUGUGAACAAAGAAGAUAGCAUCGAGAUGCGCCACCAUGUCUUUGUGAAGACUGGAUACCGGGAUGUAGAGCUUGCGGAGGUCGGCCCACGCAUGACGAUGCGGCUCUUCGAGAUUCGGGGAGGCACUCUGGAGAAGGGCGGUGCGGGUGAUGUCGAAUGGGCUCUUACCCAGUACACAAGGACAAGUCGGAAGAAGGAUUACUUGUAA